CGAAAUAUUGGAAACAAACUUACACGGCAGUGAUUUAUCUUGCUUCGAUACUUCUUCUUUGUAAAGUGUAUGACCCGGAAGUAAUAUCAGCAAUUCAGAACAUGCAGUAGAAACUUGUAAUGGUAAUGUUGUUGGAUUAUAUUUGUCUGGCUCCAGUUCAGUAGCUGUAGUUGUAUUUAUGAAAGACUUUUACCACAAGUGUUAACAGGAGCCUAAGGGUGUGGUGACAUGGUGGGCUAUGACCCCCGUUCUCAGACUGCAGCUCUCACCCCAGAGGAGGCAGCCCUGGCCGGGUCAGCUGCUGGGAUGGUCACCCGAGCUCUCAUCAGCCCGUUUGAUGUCGUUAAAAUCAGAUUUCAGCUGCAGAUUGAGCGAGUGUCGGCACAGAGGCCGGAGGGGAAGUACAGGGGAAUAGUUCAAGCUUUUCGCUGCAUUCAUUCAGAGGAGGGGCUCACUGCUUUCUGGAAGGGCCACAUUCCUGCACAACUCCUCUCCAUCUGCUUUGGGGCUGUCCAGUUUACCACUUUUGAGUUUCUGACAGAGAUGGUCCACAAGUCGACACCGUAUGACAGUCAGACAGCUGGAGUUCACUUUGUGUGUGGCGGCUUGGCUGCCUGCUCUGCUACAAUGGUCUGCCAGCCUCUGGACACACUGCGGACACGCUUUGCAGCUCAGGGAGAACCAAAGGUGUACAGGAACCUGCGACAUGCUGUGUCUUCAAUGUACUGCUCAGAGGGAGUGCUGACAUUUUACCGCGGCCUGUCUCCAACACUGGUGGCAGUGUUUCCUUACGCUGGGCUGCAGUUCUUCUUCUACAAUGUCUUUAAGAAGCUGUUGGCUCCUGAGCCCAAAUCUGGAAACUCAGGAGGAAACCUGAGAAGCCUGGUCUGUGGCAGUGGAGCCGGAAUGAUCAGCAAAACAAUCACAUACCCCUUUGACCUCUUCAAGAAGAGACUGCAAGUUGGGGGCUUCGGAGCAGCCAGAGUUCACUUCGGACAGGUGCGGAAUUAUAAAGGCCUGGUGGACUGCAUGGUUCAAAUCGCUGAAGAGGAGGGUGUUCGAGGCUUCUUCAAAGGCCUUUCCCCCAGCCUUGUGAAGGCCGCGCUGUCAACAGGAUUCACCUUCUUUUGGUAUGAGUUUUUCCUCAAUGCCAUGCGUAACCUCAAGCAGAGACGGAAAACAAAGGACCCGAUCGAAAACCAGGAGGAAAGGUAAUGAACGGAAAAAAGUGACUGGUAUAAUCGUGCACAUUGGAAACACACUUAUGCCUUGUUCUUUGCACUGAACAAAUGUCCCAUGUGGGUCAAAGAUUGGUGGUGGUUUUAUUGUGUUUAUGUAUAAGGAUAGGAAGACAACCUCAUUUUAUUUAUUUGUUUUUGUGUCACUCUACCUUGUGGUGUAGAAACAUUUCACUUUUUAUAAACUUGGUUGAAUAUUUUAUCCUGUGGUUUUAAGGCUUAUGGGUGUUUGAUUUUAAAAGAUAUACAGUAAGUAACAUUUUAUGUUCAUACUGAACUUUGCAACUUUGAAGCUCUGGCUUCUAUAAACAAGUCAUAACUUUGCCUUUUGUUGCAGUUUUCAUUUUGGAAUACUUAUGAAAAUAUAUAAAGUAAAUGCUUCAUAAAUAUUGUGCAAAGACCAAAAUAUGACCAUAUAAUAUGUAUUAUAGUGUUGUGUCGACAGACCAGUAUAGGUCAAAUGCACUGCUGUUCAGGUGGUUAUACUGACAUGACUGUCUAAGACUAACGUUCAGGUCAUUAUGUUUAAAAUUAAAGUUUUUAUAAA